AUGGUGGCCUACCCGGGGGUGGUGUCCUGUGAUGCAGAGACCUGCGCGGCCUCUCGCCUGCCCAGCUACUGCUUCAGAGCGUUACCAAAGAGAAACUUGAAAGGCGUUAUCAGUCCCACCACUGUCUAUCAAUACGUGGGGACCACCGAGAAGCAGCAACGUGACGUGGGCAUUGCCGAGGAGAGGUCACCCUAUGGUCCCUUGCUGGGUCGGGAGGCAGAGAUUGACCGCUUUGAAUGCUGCUUGGAGGCCUAUAAGCAUUUGGAAGAACCACACGUCCUGGCAUUUGUGGGCAUUCCAGGCUCUGGAAAGAGCCACUUACUUGCCGAGCUGGCCAUUUUAGGCCGGGCUGCUGGGCACAGGGUCAUUGCUGUGGAACGGACAGAGGAGAACUUGAAGCAGCCCUUCUCUGCCAUCCGUCUGCUGGUGGCCAGGGCACUGGGUCUCCAGGCCGGUGAGACUUGCAGUGACAGGCAGCGCGCCCUGCAGACCGUGCUCCAAGGCACACUAGAAGAGAGCAGCUAUUGCUUGCUCAACGAUGUUUUCUUAGUGGAGUUUCCCAUCACAGACGAGGUGUGCAGGAUGCGUCACACUGAAUGGAACAGUGCGUUCCACCUGACUUGUACGCAAGUGCUACAGAAGGUGCUUGGAGGGGAAUUUGGCAUAUUUUUCGUCGACAACGCCCACUUCGUGGACUCUGAGUCCUGGUCUAUCAUGUGGCCCCUGCUCCAAAGCGUCACGGUCCUUAUGGUCAUGAGCUUAGCUCCGGGCCGUGACAGAGCAGAGGACAUUUUCAAAGCUGCCACGGACAGCACAACAUCGGAGAGAAUCACCUGUCUUCGUCUGGAAGGGCUGAAAGCUUCCGACGUGGUGCGGAAAGCCUGCCAGGAGCUUGGAGUGCGCAGCAUCCCCAGGGAGCUGGCAAGCUGCAGGUCAGAAUGAAACCUCAACCAUGGUCAAAACGGUGGGAGAGGCCGAAAUACAACAUUAAAGGAAAAAAAUUUGAGCUACCCGAGAAAAAAAUGAAGGAAGCGCAGAAGUGGAAGCAGCCCUGGCUGGAAUUCGAUAUGCUGCGAGAGUGCAAUACUUCAAAAAUAGAGGAAAAAAUAUGGAGGGAAGCGAGUGAAGAGCUGAACAAGUAACAGCUUUGAGUUCAGUGUAAGAAUUGUCAGUUUUCAAGUUUCGUAUGCAAAUAAAAGACAGUGAAAU